AUGGAAAGGAAAUUGGUAGAGAUACUUCUUCCAGAUGAUUUCAACCAUGGUCUUAUGUAUUAUGGUUUGUGGGUAUUUGGAGAAUUUCUUAGUCUAUGGAAUAUGAAUUUUGAUAAUCAGACGCUUGAAAUAUGGGCGAUGAAAAUAUACAAACUGCGUUCGUCUUGGACCAAGACUCUUGUAAUUCCUAUUGGCAAUGACAUGCAUUGCUUUUCCCCUAUAUACUCUACAAAAAGUGGUGAUAUUAUUGGAACUGAUAGUGGUCAUGGAUUGGUGAAGUAUAAUAAUAAAGGACAGCUGUUAGAGUAUCUCAAAAUGAAUCCAAAUGCAUCUGAAGUGGCGAUGUAUACAGAGUCUCUGCUUUCACUCCCUGGUGAUCGUGAGCAGGUUUAA